ACUUCUGACCCGAAACCAAACUCGAGCGCUGUUUUGUAGCACUUUUGCUGAUAUCUGUAAAGUAAACCACGUGCCUACAUUUAUCCGGUCUCUCGAAAAACAAGUUUAUUUCGUAAAACGUUAAAACGAUGUCGGCGCAUGAUUUAGAAAUAUUUCAUAAGCGAGCAACCACAGCGGAGGGAGAGAUAGUUUAUUUAAAGGAACAAAUUGAAUUGUUGCGUCAGAGUAUUGUGAACAAUAUUUCACAGGAAUCCACUGUGGAUAAGGAGGAAUUUUUGAAGUUGCAACAGGAGAAUAUCAAACUGAAACAUAGAAUAGCGAUACUCAAAAGAACCAUUGAAGCUCAGAGGAGCAAAGCUCCGUUUGACUCUACAUCUCUGUCCGUUGUACCUCAAGACAAUGAUGUGAUCAGCAUAAAUGAUACUCUGUGUGAUAUUUUUCGGAAGGCAAUCAAUUUAGCAUAUCCUGAUAUAUUAGAUCCACCAGUAAUAGUAACUACCAGUAAUAAUCUGAAAUUUGGGGAUUACCAAUGUAACAGUGCUAUGCCUUUAGCUCAACAACUGAGUAGCUCUGGUACUAAAGUAAUUCCACGCAAUGUUGCUAACAACAUUAUAUCUAAGUUGGAAGAAUCUUUCCUUGUAGAUAAUUAUGAAAUAGCUGGCCCAGGAUUUAUAAAUAUAUAUUUAAAACGUGACUUUGGACAAUCUGCUUUAAGCAGUUGGUUGAAGAAAGGCUUUGUUCCUCCUCCAUAUGUUCAAAGGAAAAGAGUUGUUAUAGAUUUUUCUAGUCCUAACAUUGCUAAGGAAAUGCAUGUAGGACACUUAAGAUCUACCAUAAUUGGAGACAGUAUUUCUAGACUGUUAGAAUACUUAGGACAUGAUGUGCUAAGACUCAAUCAUGUAGGUGACUGGGGCACACAGUUUGGUAUGUUAAUAGCACAUCUGCAAGAUAAAUUUCCCAACUAUUCAACUGUCACUCCUCCUAUCCAGGAUCUUCAGGCUUUCUAUAAGGAAUCUAAAACGAGAUUCGAUACUGAUGAAAAUUUCAAGAAAUGUGCGUACGAGUGUGUAGUUAAAUUACAAACUUUUGAGCCUGAAAUAACAAAAGCAUGGAAAAUGAUAUGCGAUGUAUCAAGACAAGAAUUUCAGAAACUGUAUAAUCGACUGGAUAUCAAAAUAAUUGAGAGAGGUGAAUCUUUUUAUCAAAAACGUAUGGAAUCGAUAGUCAAAGAGUUGGAGUCAAAAAAUAUGUUAGAGGAAGAUAAUGGGCGGAAGAUAAUGUGGGGUGAAAACCAAGACAAUGGAAUACCUUUGACGAUAGUGAAAUGUGACGGUGGUUUCACGUACGAUACGUCCGACAUGGCCGCGCUCAAGCAACGCGUUGAAGAAGAAAAGGCAGAUUGGUUGAUAUAUGUGACGGACGCUGGUCAGUCCUUACAUUUUCAAAUGUUGGAAAAUUGCGGCAAAAAGGCAGGCAUCUUAAAGAGCAAACACAGGAUGGAUCACGUUACCUUCGGUGUCGUUCUAGGUGAAGACAAGAAGAAAUUUAAAACACGAUCUGGUGACACUGUAAAACUCAUCGAACUAUUAAACGAAGGCUUAAAGAGAGCAUUGCAAAAACUCAAAGAAAAGGAACGUGACAAGGUACUUUCCGAAGAAGAGUUGAGGAUGGCCCAGGAGUCCGUGGCGUACGGCUGCAUAAAAUACGCCGAUUUGGUGCACAACAGAAACCACGAAUAUAUUUUCUCGUUCGACAAGAUGCUGGAGGACAAAGGCAACACCGCUGUGUACUUGCUGUACGCCUUGACUCGUAUCCGUUCCAUCGCUAGAAUGGCAAACGUGACGCAGGAACAGUUGCAAAAGCACGCGCACGACACUCCAAUCUCAUUGAAGCAUGAGAAGGAGUGGAAGUUGGCUAAGGUGUUGCUGAAGUUCCCUGAUGUACUACUCACCAUCAGCCAGGAUAUGUUUGUGCAUCAGCUAUGCGAAUUGUGUUACGAGAUCUCGUGCGCAUUUUCAGAAUUUUACGACAAGUGCUAUUGCGUGGAGAAGAAUCAGGCUGGCGAGAUCGUGAACGUGAACAUAGGGCGUCUCUUACUUACAGAAGCUACCGCGCUAGUUAUGGAAAAAUGCUUUGCUCUGUUGGGUUUAAAACCUGUUGCACGUAUGUAGGAGAAUAUUUAUUUUAAAUAUAAGAGAAAUAGCGUACUUCCAAUUUAACAGUGGUGUUAAAUGCAACAUAAGAUUUAUAAAAUUUCUGUGCAAAUAUUUCCUUUAUAUAUGAUAUUUUCCUAAUUUUUUUUUAUAUACAUUGUGUCUAUCUUACAAUACAAUUUAGUUCAAAUUAAUAGGUCUCAUAUGAUAUUAUAUCUAAUGCGAUAUUUACUUUAAAUUUGUAUAAGAUAAUAAAGAUUUUAAAUAAUA